AUGGCUGACCAUCGGCGCGGAUCGACUCCUCCCUCGCCUCUAUCUCCUAUCAGCCGCACGAACUCGGAGCUGGCUCGACUGCGUGUUGGAGGGCUUACUCUAGCGCGGGAAGAGGAGAGGAAGGCGGAGGCGAAGGCCCGCGAAAUCCAUCGCAAGCUCGCUGCUGAAGCUCAUGCGGCUGAAGCCUCCUCUGCCUCGUCAGACUGGGAGGAGAAGGCGCUCGAGGCGAAGAAGAGGGCCGAAGAGCAGCUUCAACGCAUCGAGGAAGAAGAGGCUGAGGCUAAGAGGCGUUUGGCCGCCGCAGGCGGCUCGACGAGGAAGCCUCCUCCUCGCCGCCCUCGCAGGCCCGAAGACACCGAGGGCGCCGCAUUUAACUUGGCCAAGCAAGCUGCUCGCGAAGAGCGGUACGGAUCUGGUCGUCGCGCAGCAAUCUACGGGUUCCGCGUCGCAGCUCGCAGGUGA